AACUCAAGCCACCCCUUCAUUCGAUUCUAUAAUAACUACCUGCAACUAUCAACGAGCAAUAGCCGCUAAAGACCUAGUUACACCCCCCCACCCCUCCCCCUUUCGUGAAGCUUACCUUUCCCCAGGAGCCGAUUCGAUCGCACAAGUCACCAUGGCCCCCGUUAAUCCCUAUCGUGAUAUCAACAUCACAGUGUCAGCGUCGCACUACGCUUUCGCCUCGCCAUCUUCUCCGAACGCGCCGGUUCUUGUGAUUGAUCGCCCCUCUGGCGACAUGCGCCUCACCGAGUCGCCAGUUUUGGGGGGAACGCGGAUGGGCAGCGUUGCCGGACUACUGGGAGUUAUUCGACUUCGUCUUGGUGGGCCCUCCCUCACUUGAUCGGCACUUCUGAACCUGAAUCUAUAUGCAGAGCCGGAUAUUCAGCCGCUGCGGAUUGUAGAGCUUUAUCCAGGGUUUCCCAGCUGACGCCUACCACCCGUAUCGCGUAGACAAGUACAUCAUUAUUAUAACAAAGGCUAUGCUGGUCGGGCGCAUCCGAGGGCACGCCGUGUUUAAGGUCCAAACUGCGGAAUUUCUGCCCUUGCAGGAGAGACAGUUGCAUGUACGUCUUUUGCACCUUCCUUUGUGUUCCUGAACCCGAUUUUGGACCUGACGAGAUCGAGUCAAGGUGGUACGGCCGUACUAAGAUUGGGAUGUUGACCGUUAUUUUUAGGACCCGGACGAGGAUACCUACUUGUCUCUCUUGCGCGCUCACUUGCGUACUGGGCCCAUGUAUUUUUCGUACACCUUUGAUUUAACAAACUCGUUCCAGCGCCAAUCCUCCGCUGAUGCCUCACUUCCCCUUUGGCAGCAGGUAUGUCACUGCUUAUCAUUACCGGAGCUUUUAGCGAAUCCAUGGGCUGGGGGAGGUGCUAAUCCCCGACCCUCCUCGAGGGGCAUCCAGGCGGAUGAACGUUUUUUCUGGAACCGGUACAUACAAUCCGACAUGAUUGAUCUCCGCGGUUCGAGCCCAGCUGUAAGGCACCCCAAAGAUUCCCACCUCCGUCAUGGCCUAUUGCUCGUUCUAAACAUAGCCUUGGGGGCCCAUUUCGCGCGGAUUGGGAUUCCCUCAUAGGAGCAGGCAGCAUGUUGUGUUUACGGGGUGCUAACUUUACCAGAUGGACCCAUUCAUCCUCCCCGUAUUCUUUGGAUUCCUUAGCAUCACCACCACUGCGCUUAAGUCCACCCCAUUGAGUUUCAUACUGAUCACUCGAAAGUCACGACAUAGAGCCGGGACUAGGUACUUUACCCGGGGAGUGGACGAGUCUGGAAAUGUUGCAAAUUUCAAUGAAACUGAGCAGAUCGUCAUCAUUGGCGACUCUACUAGAGGUCUUGGAGGAUAUGACCAAAACUCAAUAGCAUCGGGAGGCAAGGCUUCAAUCCAACAAAUCAAGGUUUUCAGCUAUGUUCAAACCAGGGGAAGUGUCCCAGUGUACUGGGCAGAAGUAAAUAAUUUGCAUUAUACCCCGCAGCUCCAGGUCAGGGGUGCUGAUUCUGCCAUGAACCCUGCAAGAAAGCAUUUCGAUGACCAGGUUAGGUUAUAUGGAGAUAACUAUCUGGUUAACCUGGUAAACCAGAAAGGUCGAGAAUACAGAGUUAAAGCGGCCUACGAAAACAUUGUCAAGCUGCUCGUAUCUUCGCCUGUAGAAAGCAAAGAGGGUUCUGAGGAAAUACCCGAAAGGUCUCGAAGAAUCGAGCCUACGAAAGGGGCUAACACGCUUGACCAGCUACAUUAUGUCUACUUUGACUUCCACCAUGAAUGCAGAGGAAUGAGAUGGCACAGGGCACAGCUACUGCUUGAGCAACUGGGCGAUGGCCUAUAUGAUCAACAAUAUUUUCAUUCUGUUGAAGGGAAGAGUGUGUCGAGUGAUAUCCGGAGUUAUCAGAAGAGUGUUGUAAGGACGAACUGCAUGGACUGCCUGGAUAGGACAAACGUCGUGCAGGGCAUGCUAGCCCUGUGGGCCCUAAAUCGCCAGAUGAUCGAUGCAGGUGUUCUUGAGAAGGGAGAAAAUGCCGCAUCCUUCAAUAGCUUUGAAGUCAUAUUCAGGAAUGGUGGGUCGGAAUUCGUCAUACAGGGCUUAUUGGAAAGUAUGAGCUUCAACUGACAGGAUAUUUUGCUUCUUUCUUUAGCAUGGGCUGACAAUGCGGAUGUUGUGAGCCGGGCGUAUUCCGGCACUGGGGCGCUGAAGACUGAUUUCACAAGAACCGGGGUACGAACAAAGGCUGGAGCUAUUGCGGAUCUAUCGAAUUCUAUCACCCGAUAUUUCCGUAACAAUUUUAGUGAUGGACCACGACAGGAUGCGUACGAUCUCUUUUUGGGAAUCUACUUUCCUCCGGCAACCGCCAUGUCCUCGCUAUUGUUUAUUGAUCGCCGCCCGAUAGUGAUUCAGAGCAUUCCAUAUGUUCUUUGUGGGGCCAUAUUCCUAGAACUCGCGGCCUUUGUGUUGCCGCGCACUACUGAUGGGGGCCUGUUGAGCAUGAGGAUAUUUGUUCUCUUCUGGUUUGUUGUUGCCUUAUGGGCAGCCAAUUUCGUCAUGAAGCAUGGGAAGCUUUAUGUGAGCUGGCCAAGAUUGAACACUCUAGGUUUUUCAGUGCAGGGGUAUAAUGAGGAUUUGAGCAGAGCAAAGAAGGAUCUAAUUAUUGGGAAGUGGGUCGGUAGAGGCGGUAAUGCUCGCGAGCGUGGCUUGAGCACAGGAGGAAGUGGUAGAUUGAUUCACUUGGAGGAAGGGAAGAAGCGGAUCGAGUAGAAGUGACAAGGUGAGAAAAUGAGGGGGGGGGGGAUGGGGCUUGGUGGAAGCAUUCCCUUUGCGGUGGCUGAAGUAGGAUAUGAGAGAGAGGAAGGAAGCUGGGAGGGCGAUGCCUGUGUCACCUUGUGUCACCCGUGUGACACAUUGGGAGCGAUUAUGUUACAUGACAGUGUUCUCCUUUCGUCCUCACACGUGGUACGGAGGGCAGAGGACCAGUAAUAAGAGGGUUGUCGGCAGAGCUGCUGCCUAGCUACAGAUGAAAUUCUGUGUCCGCCUUUCGUCAUGAUUUUCCCCUUAUUUUCCAUCUUUUUUUAUUUUUUAUUUUUAUUAUUCCUUCAUGUUUCUACCACUUCUUUCCCCCUUCCCACUCCUCUCAUAACGCUAAGUUAUCUAUCAUACUUAUCAUAGAUAGAGCCAAUUUGGGGUUUUUCUUUCCUGGCCCCUCGCCCUAUCUAAUAGAUUCCGUUUAUUCAUUUCGUAAAUUUCCUAUUCUUAUGUCAGACUUUAUUUCUUUAUUCCUUCCCUGUUCCCCAGCUCUUCGCCAUCGUCAUAAUUUAGUUCCUCUGAAUCUCUUCGAAUCUACCUAUCUAAAUAUCUGUCCGUUUGUUCACCUGUUGUCCUGCAUUGCAUCUCACCAUCAUCCGGGGUUUCCACGCUUUGUAUUCGGCGUUAGCUAGUUUGACAGUUUAAUACAAGUAUCAUAUACCUGCACAAUAAUAUAUACCUUUUUAUCU